AUGGCUGCGUUGAGGGCGGGGCGGGGUGCAGGCUGGAGCCUCCGGGGAUGGCGGGCUUUAUGGGGAACUUUUGGGGGGAAGGGACCCUUGUUGACCCCUGACCUCCGGGCCCUGCUGACGUCAGGAAGUUCUGACCCGCGGGUGACUUAUGGGACCCCCAGUUUCCGGGCCUGGUUGUCUGUGGGGGUCCCUGAAUCCCGGGCAUGUCUGACUUCUGGGACUCCGGAUUCCCGGGAACGAUUGACUGCGAAAACCUCGGAUUCCCGGACCCGUGAGGCCUCGGGGACCCCCGGAACGCGUCCGCGCGCGUGGCUGGCGGUGGCACUGGGCGCUGGGGGGGCAGUACUGUUGUUGUUGGGGGGCGGGGGGCGGGGUCCCCCGGCUGUCCUCGCUGCGGUCCCCGGCCCGCCACCAGCCUCUCCCCGGAGCCAGUACAACUUCAUCGCAGACGUCGUGGAGAAGACAGCACCUGCCGUGGUUUAUAUCGAGAUCCUGGACCGGCACCCUUUCUCUGGCCGUGAAGUCCCUAUCUCAAAUGGCUCAGGAUUCGUGGUGGCUGCCGACGGGCUCAUUGUCACCAACGCCCAUGUGGUGGCUGAUAGGCGCAGAGUCCGUGUGAGACUGCCUAGUGGCGACACAUAUGAGGCUGUGGUCACUGCUGUGGAUCCCGUGGCAGAUAUCGCCACGCUUAGGAUUCAGACCCAGGAGCCUCUCCCCACACUGCCUCUGGGACGCUCAGCUGAAGUCCGUCAAGGGGAGUUUGUUGUUGCCAUGGGAAGUCCCUUUGCACUGCAGAACACGAUCACAUCCGGCAUUGUUAGCUCUGCUCAGCGUCCAGCUAGAGACCUAGGACUUCCCCAGACCAAUGUGGAAUACAUUCAGACUGAUGCAGCUAUUGAUUUUGGAAACUCUGGAGGUCCCCUGGUUAACCUGGAUGGGGAAGUGAUCGGAGUGAACACCAUGAAGGUCACAGCUGGAAUCUCCUUUGCCAUCCCUUCUGAUCGCCUUCGAGAGUUUCUGCAUCGUGGGGAAAAGAAGAGUUCCUGGUUUGGAAUCAGUGAGUCCCAGCGCCGCUACAUUGGGGUGAUGAUGCUGACUCUGACUCCCAGCAUCCUUGCUGAACUACAGCUUCGAGAACCAAGCUUUCCUGAUGUUCAACAUGGUGUACUCAUCCACAAAGUCAUCCUGGGCUCUCCUGCACACCGGGCUGGUUUACGGCCUGGUGAUGUGAUUUUGGCCAUUGGGGAACAGCUAGUACAAAAUGCCGAAGAUGUUUAUGAAGCUGUUCGAACCCAAUCCCAGCUGGCAGUGCAGAUCCGACGGGGAUCAGAAACACUGACCUUAUAUGUGACUCCUGAGGUCACAGAAUGAAUGAAUCAGUAAGAAUAUGAGGCUCCUGCUCUGAUUUCCUCCUUGCCUUCCUAGUCUUGGCUCUGAGGGCCCUUGGGCAGAGGAUUAAAUGAACCAGUGGGGGGCAGGUCCCUCCACCCCCCAGCAGCAAUCCCUGGGCUCUGAAGAAUUGCAAAAACACUUUUUAUAUAAAAUAAAAUUAUACCUAGCAACA